GCCACGUCCGAGGCAGCAGGGUCCGCACUGCCGGCGCAGCUGGAGCGCUUUCCGCGGGGUUUGGCUCCUGUCGCUUCCCGUCUCGCCGAACCGGCAUCGCAGCAGCCGGAGCCGUGGCGGGUCCUCAGAGCGUGGCUGCGGGCGGCCGGGAGCGCCGGGAGGGGGAGCGAAGCCGGCGGCUCCAGGACGCGGACACAGAUGAAAAGAAGUGAAGAAUUGAUAACUAAAAAUCAUAGUCAAGAGGAAACAAGUAUUCUUCGUUGUUGGAAAUGCAGAAAAUGUAUAGCAAACUCUGGUUGUUUCAUGGAGUAUCUUGAGAAUCAAGUAAUUGAGGAUAAACAUGAUUCAGUUGAUGAUCAAAAUAUUUGUCAUGUGUGGCACAUGAAUACAGAAGCCCUUCCAGAAUGGAUAAACUACCUAAUCCAAAAAGCCCAGUGGACAGUUGGAAAACUGAAUUGCCCUUUCUGUGGGGCCCGUUUAGGGGGCUUUAAUUUUGUCAGCACUCCAAAAUGUUCCUGCGGCCAGCUUGCAGCUGUACAUCUCUCCAAGAGCCGGACCGAUUAUCAGCCAGCACAGGCAGGCGGACUAAUGAGACCAUCACUGAAAUACUUGUCACAUCCUAGAGUUCAGUCAGGUUGUGACAAGGAGGCUCUGCUGACAGGUGGUAGCUCUAAAAACAGAAAUCACAGGCUUUUAAACAUGGCCCAAAAUAAUGAUGACCCUGGAAGAUUAACAGAAGCACUCUGCCUAGAGGUGCGAUCAACAUGUUUUGAGAUGAAGAAUGAAAAACUGCUCUCCAAAGCAUCAGAACCAAAAUACCAGCUUUUUGUUCCCCAGCUUGUGACUAGCAGAUGCACUACAAGAGCUUUUCAUAGAAAAUCACAUAGUUUGGAUCUGAACAUCAAUGAGAAACUGACUUUAUUACCCACUUUUUAUGGAAUACAUAGUAAGACUACUGCCUAUUCCAGACUAAAUGAAACACAGCCUAUUGACCUUUCAGGCUUGCCUUUACAAUCUAGUAAAAAUAGCUGUUCCUUUCAGAAUCCAUCCAGUUUUGAUCCUAAUAUGCUGCUGCAAAGAUUUUCAGUGGCUCCCCAUGAGACCCAGACACAAAGAGGAGGAGAAUUUCAGUGUGGUCUAGAAGCUUCUUCAGUGUACUCUGACCAUGCUAAUACUAACAACCUGACUUUCCUGAUGGACCUGCCCUCAGCUGGCAGGAGCAUGCUGGAGGCCUCAGACCAAGAAGAACACCUCUCCCCUCUGAACUUCCUGAACCCAGCGAGUUUUUCACUGGACAGCAUUAAUCAGAGACUCAGUAAAAGAGAAAAGAGCAAGUUGAAGAAUCUAAGAAGGAAACAACGAAGGCGAGAAAGAUGGCUUCAGAAGCAGGGUAAAUACUCUGGAGUGGGAUUGCUGGAUCAUAUGACUUUGAAUAAUGAGAUGAGUACAGAUGAAGACAAUGAAUAUGCAGAAGAAAAGGAUAGCUACAUCUGUGCAGUGUGUCUGGACAUUUAUUUCAACCCUUAUAUGUGUUACCCUUGCCACCACAUCUUCUGUGAGCCCUGCUUACGGACUCUGGCCAAAGACAAUCCUUCAAGCACGCCAUGCCCAUUGUGUCGGACAAUUAUUUCUAGAGUCUUUUUCCAGACAGAACUGAACAAUGCCACAAAAACUUUCUUUACUAAAGAAUAUUUGAAAAUAAAACAAAGCUUUCAGAAAUCCAACUCUGCAAAAUGGCCCCUACCAAGCUGCAGAAAAGCAUUUCAUCUUUUUGGAGGUUUCCACAGACAUGCAGCUCCAGUUACAAGAAGGCAGUUCCCACAUGGUGCACACAGGAUGGAUUACCUGCACUUUGAGGAUGAUAGCCGUGGAUGGUGGUUUGACAUGGAUAUGGUGAUCAUAUAUAUUUAUUCAGUGAACUGGGUCAUUGGAUUCAUUGUUUUCUGCUUUCUUUGCUAUUUUUUCUUUCCGUUUUAGGAAUUUUCAUACAUUACUACAGUUGGCCAACCAUAAACAAUGUAAAUAACAAUUGCUUAAACAUUUUAAAAAUGUGCUUUGAAGUAUUUUUAAUGUUGCAUUAUACUGUUGGUGUUUAUAGAAACUGUUGGUGUUUAUAGAAAGCCUGAGAAUAAUUAAUUUAUUAAUGUUUUUCAUGUAACAAACGAAACUUUAUUCAAGAGCUAACCUACCCAGCACUUAACAACAAUGCACUAUUAAUUUCACAGUUGAUCUUGGGUUAGGAUUUGGGGGUCUGAUUUUAUAAUAUCACUUUAAUACUUAUUUUAAUUAUAAAAAACUGAAGUUUUCUCUCCAGUUAAAAAUAGUAAAGAUAUAAAAAGAAAUGACAAUCUAGGGAGGUAUUAUCUUUACUGAUAGAAUAUUUAGUCAAUCACUUAUUCUCAGGCAAAUUAUAUGUAUUAAAGAUAAACCAUAUUCUCUGGGAACUAAUCUAGCAGGGUAUAUUCAGUUUUGGUUUCUAAUUAUCGCUACUUAUAUCCCUUUCUAUUACCAAGAAAACUGACUAUUCUUUUUGUAUAGUUCUAAUUAGUGCAACAUUUUAAAUUAUUAUAAACAGAAUAGUAAAUACAAAUUAUGAGACCAAUCCCUAUGAAUAGACACUUUAGAAAGCUGUAUUAACAUUUUUCUAGAUUGAAGGAUGAAUCACCUGAAGAAAUAGAAAAUUUACUGACUUUUCGUAGUCUACAAGAGCAAUGCAUGACCAAAUGUAAUUUAGUGAUUCAUUUAGGAGUUUGAGACCAGUAGGAGAUUGUCAAAUAUGUUUUACAUGUGCAAUAAAGGGUGGCUUUUAAAUUCUU